AUGCAAGUAAGAAUCCUAUAUAAAAUUUUAUUUAAUCUUCUAUUUGCCCUAUUAGGUAAUAUUAAAGAAAAAACAUAUAUAAAAAUGUGUACAAAUAGAUACUUACAUGGGUACAUUAUAGAUAGUAAUGGAAGAAAAUUCAAUAGAUCUAAAAAAAAAUUAAACUUAACACCGCUAUAUGAAAAAUCAAUUCAAAGCAAUGAAUCCCAAUAUGGUAGUGAGGAACAAGAAUAUAAUAAAAACAAGGAUGAUAAUAAAUUUAAUGUUGAACAUGAUAAAAAUGAAUAUUCGUCUAGUAGUUCUUCUUUGGUGGCACCAGAAAAUUAUACGAGUGAUAGUACAAAACCAUUACAUUUUUCUUACAUAAAUAGUGAAGACACAGGCACAAAUAAAAAGUUAAAUAUAAAUAAAACAUUGAAUACUAUUAAAAGCUCAUUUAUUCAAAAUAAUAAACGUACUGUGAAGCCAGGGAAAGUUACACAGAAUACUACCCCUAAUAAGGAAGUAUAUGUUAUGACAGAUAAUUUAGAUUAUGUUGAUGCACCAGAUUUUUCUGGAUAUUAUUUAAUUUCUCAGAUAAGUCCACAUUACGCUUAUAUGAAUUUUUUUGAUGAAUUUAGACGUAUUUCAGUUGAACACGGUAGUAUUAGAAAUAAAUAUAAUAAAAUGUAUGCAGAACAAGUUCUUCCCCUUUUAAGAGAAAUAGACCAAAAAUUCAAUUUUUGUGAAAAACAUAAAUAUCAAUUGAAAGUUAUAGUACACAUAUUCGAAAGUCCAAAUUUGAUAAAAGAAAGAAAUAAAAAACAUGAUGAAAAAUUUACAGAAUACAUAGAUGCUAAGAAAAAGUAUCUAGACUGCAUAGUAGGUGAAAAUAAAUACAAUGAAAUGAAAAUAUCAGUUAUGAAAUUAACAGUUUAUAAAAUGUUAAAAGAAGCAAUACAUCAUCAAGUUUAUAAAUAUAAAGUGUACACAGACAUGAUUGCAGUAUAUUUAGUGGGACUUAAAAACAUGCCUUAUGACGCUAUUAGGAAUUAUAUAAAUGAAUUUAAAGAUUUUUACAACUCUAGCUCUAAUGUGGUACAGAGAUUAGAAAAAGAGGUUAACAAUAAAGAUACUAUAUAUUCAAUAAAAUUCAUUCGAAAAGAAAUGGAAUACAUUAUAGAUAGAUUUACUUAUCACAUGGAAAAAGUAAAUUAUUCAAUGAAUUAUAUUAAAGAAUUUUCUACUGUGGGUUCAUUAAAAAUAGAUUCUCAGCGUUUUCUUGAAGAAUAUUACUAUAACGCAGCUUGUAACUACUCAAUAUUUAGGCUUAGCUCAGAACAUCUCCAAAGUCUGAGGUCGGCAUUAAUAGAUAAACGAUAUAAAAUGUAUGUACUGUUUAGUACAUUAAUUGGGGAUUUAGAAAAAAAAAUAAAUAAACUUAUGUCAUCGAUAGGUUUUUUCUCAGAAAGUAAUAAGAUUUUGGCCCAAUCUGUACAAAUACUAAAACGUGGAGAAGAAGUAUAUAAUAAAAAUGAAAAAAUACUAGAAACAUUUGCAUUAUAUAAUAGUGUAGAAGUUAAUAAACUUAAAAAGGAAUGUGACAUUAAAAUGAAUAGUUUAAAAGAUUGUAUAAAUUCUAUAGGAACAUACAACAUAUUUAUAAAAAAUGCAUAUAAUAAAAAUUUGCUAGAAGAAUCCUCCUUAAAAAGAAAAAAAUAUUCCAUUCCUUAUGACACUGAUCCCUAUGAGAAAACUGUUAGUUUUCUCAAUUUAUUAGAUAACAUAGAAUAUAGUAAAGUUUCCGUAGAUAAAAAUUUUGACCAAAUGAAGAAAAACUUUGAAGAAAUCCAAAAAUUAAAAGACAAAAUAGAAGAGUUUGCGUUGAGUAUUAAUGAUGAUGUGAAAGAACUAGAAGAUUUGGUGGAAAAAGAAAAAGAAAAUAAACUUCUCAAAGAAGAAAUAAGCCCCAAAAUGAAUUAUAUCAAAGAAAAAAUAGAAAAAAUAAAAGAAAUAAUACAUAUAGAAAAAAGUGUAGAGACAGAAUCCCAAUUAAUUGAUAAAUUAAUUAGUGAUGCAGAAUUCAAAGGAGAUGAAUUUAAAAAUAAAAAAACAGGACUAUACAACAAAAUAAAAGAUAUUAUUAAUAAAUUUCACACAAGUGAUUUACAAAAAAUUGUAGAAGAUAUGACAAACUUUUUAGAGAGUAAAGAAAACCUCCUUAAGAACACAAACAAUAAAAGGGAAAUUGAAGAACUCCUAAGAAAAACAAAUGAAAAUCACAACAAACUUAAAGAGAUGAAUUGUGAUGAUAUUUCCAAAGUAAUAGAAAAUUUGAAGGUCGAAGUAGAAAAAUUUAUGGAACUCAAAAAUGAAAUUGCAAACAAAAAAUUAGAAAAUAUGCGUUCAGAAAUGUCAAUCAUGUUGGAUCAAUUAAAAAAAGAAUAUGAAUAUUUAAAAACAAAAUUAUCAAAUUAUGAAGGAGAGAAAAACAAAUUAGACAACAAUAAGGAAAAUAUAAUUAUAAUAAAGAAUAAAAUUGCCGAUAAUGAACAUGAAUAUGAUAAAGCAGUUUCAGAAGGAAUAAGUAUAUACAAUGACUUUAUACAAAAUAAGAAAAAUAUUUUAGAAAAAGAAACGGAAAUCAGUAAUGAAAUUAGUACAUUAAAUGAAAAAAUAAGAAUUGCUAAAACCACAUUAGAGAAAUAUGAUAAUGCAAUACAAAACUUGGAAACAAAUGCUAAAAAAACUGAUUCACAUACUGAAGAACUGUUAGAAAAAAUUAAAACUGAAAUUAAUGAACUAAAAUUAAAUGAAGAUGAAUCUAAAUUUGACACGACGAAGGGAAACGUUAAUAAUACUAUCAAAGAAAUUGAAAAUGCAAAUAUUAAUAUAGAAACUCUUAAAAGGCUAAAAACUAUUACAGAACUCUCUACUGUUAACAAAAAGUCAAUUGAAGAGGUAAUAAAAAAUAAGGGUCAUCUUCUAAAAGAAAAAAUUGAAAAACACAUUCAAAAAAUGAAGGAAGAAGAAUUAAUAGAACAAAGCGCAAAGUCAAAUUUGUUAAGCAAUAUAGAUAAUGAAAAAAAAUUUAUAAACGAACAGUUAAAUGAUAUUCAUUUGAAUGAAAUAAAAACACAAAUAGAAAAAACCUUAAGAUAUUGUGAAGAUUCAAGGAAAAGCAUUAAGAAUAAUAAUGAAAUUAAUCUAGAAGAAUUAAACAUAAACGAAAUUCAAUGUGGAAAUAUGAAAGGAAAAAUAGAAACGUUAAAUAGUAAUUUUCAAGAAUUAAAUAAAAAAAUUGAUAAUGUAAUUAAUAAACAUCAUAAUGAAAUAAUAAAACUCAUUGAUAGACAUAUAACAGAGAAGGGAAAAAAUAUCGAAAAUAAGGCAGAAGAACAUAUACAUGCUCUAGAAAAAGCAAAAGAGAGGCUAUCUUCAUUUGAAACUAACGAAGAUGUUACAAAAUACGACAAUAGAAUAAAUAAACAAGAACUUAGUAAAUUAAUGGAUUCAAUACAACAGAAAAUGAACAAAAUUAAUGAAAGUAAUACUAAAUUAAUUAAUAUAAAGCAAAAAACAACUGAAUACAUGGCACAGUCGAAUAAGGUGAAAAAUAAACAAUCCCAGAUGAAUGAAAUGAAAGACAAUGAAAUAAUAUUCAAUCAAAAUAGGAACGAAAUUAAAGACAUUUAUACAAACAUGAAUAACACAUAUAAUGAAUUGGAUUCGAUUGAAAAAUUGGAAACUACUUCUCUCGACAUAGACAAUCUCGAAAUACAACAGAAUAGACUUUUAAUUACCACUGGGGUUCAAAAACUGGACGAUGAACAUGCGAAGACAAAAGAGACUAUUGAAAAAAUUAAAACAUUUAUGAAAAGUAUUGAAACUUUAAGGAGUGAAUUACCCGAAGAAACCGGGAAUGACAUAGCCCAUUUAAAAUAUAGUAAACAUGAGACGGAAAAUAUAAUUAAUAAUAAAAAAAUAAACGAAAUUAUCCAAAAAGCAAAAGAGAUUAAGCAAAAAGCAAGUACAAGCACUAACCUAAAUGAAGUAAAAACAUUCAAAGAUGAAGUUAACAAGCAUAUAGAACAAGUAUUAGAUGAAUAUAACUCUAUGCAAAAUGCGUUAAAAGAUAUUGAACAUAUGCAAGAUUUAUUAAGAUCGACUAAUAGUAAUGUAAUUGCUGAAGGCAUAUCAAAGAAAACUAAGGAAGCUGAUACUUUUAAAAAACAAGCACAAAGCGAAUUAGAAAAAAUGAGUACUAUAAAUGAAGGGAUAAAAAAAAAAAUAGAUCAAGCAAGAGAACAUCAGAGCAAAGUUCAAAUAAGUUUAGAUGAUAAAGAAAUAGAUGAAAAGGUAAAUCAAAUUGAAAAAAUUAAUAAAGAAGUUAUAAACAUGGAAAAUAAAAUUAGCGAACAUUUAAGAAAGAUCAAAGAAUAUAAGGAAAAUUGUUUGUCCGAAGUUCAUAAUGCGGAAAGGGCAAAAAUUAAAAUCGAUUCUUUGCAAAAAAAAGAUGGAAAUACUGGCUUAAAAGAUUUCGAUGUAAAAAAUGUAGAGAACGAUAUUGCUAAUUGUAAAAUAUACAAAGAACAAGUUCAAAAAGCUGAAACAGAUGCUGAACAAAUGUAUAAAAUAUUCUCAAACUAUCUGGAUGAAAUUUCCGAUGUUUUAAAGAAGUCCCUAAUUUUAGGAGUAGAAACAAAAUCAAAAAAAAGAAAAAAUGAUGCUGCAAAAAUAAUGGAUGAAAUUAAAAAGGAAUGUUCUAGUAUUAAAAUAGAACUUCAAGAAUCACUAAACAAAUUAAACGAAAUGAAUAAAAAGCACACUAUUAGCGUAAUAGAAGAUACCCUUGACAAUAAGAAAUCUGCAGACGCGAAUGUAUCUAUUCAGCAAAGCUUAGAAAACGUAAAACAAAAUUUAUUACAGGUAAAUAAUGUAUCAAAAGAAGUGGAAGCCAUUUUAACUACGGCUAAUAAUUCAUUCGACUUAAUGUCAAAGGUUCCGGAUUCAAAGGAAAAAACUGAACUAGAAACUCUGGAAAAGGAAUCUGCUGAAUAUGUAACUCAUCUCGAAAAACUGAAUGAACAAAAGCGACUAGUGAUGGAAAAACGAAAAACUGUCGAUGAAAUUAAAUCUGAUAUUAUAAAUAUUGAAACCAAUUUGAAAAAAAAUAGUAAAAAUUUUGAAAUUGGACUUCUGAACAAGAUAAAUGAAAUAGCUAAAAUUAGAAAGUCGUAUGUGGAUUCAGCAGAACAAUUAUUAGCCACAUCCAUGAGCAACUUUGUUUCUCUUUUUAUCGGAUUCGAUUUAAAAAGAUAUAAUAUUGGAACAAACAUAGACAAUUAUAAAAGAAAUAUAAAAGAACUCCUUAAUGAGUUUCAGAAAUCAUACGAACUAAUUCAAGACAAAGAAAAAAAUGCUUUGGAAGAUUCAGUAGACUCUGGUAAAGCAAAAGAACUAAGAGUAGAAGCUCAAAAUGAAGAAAAAAAACUUGAAAAUAUAGAAAAAAGAACAAAAAUGUAUUUGAAUGAUAUUGAUAAAAUGGAGUCCUUUAAAUUAAUACAUGAUAUGAAGGAAAAUAUAAAUCAUAUUAACAAAAUGUGUAAAGAUGAAUAUACAGAAGUAAAUGAAGGCCAUGGUAACCUUGAAAAGAUUAUUAAAGAUAUUAAAAAUUUAAAUGAUGGUAGUGAUUCAUCAAUUAAAUUACAACAAGCAGAACAUAAAAACAAUGAAAUAAAAACGAAAACAAGUCAUUAUUCAUAUAAGAUAGAAGCACAUAAUAUAUUAGAACAAAUUGCUAAAUCAGCCAAAUUUAUAGGCAUAUCAAUUACAACAGAAUUACAAUCAUCAAAAUUAGCUGCAAAAGCUCAUUUACAAAGCACAUCAGAAUUGCAGUUUCAAUCAAAAGAUGAAAUAAAAUUAGAAAGUGAAGAAUUUUUAGGAAAUGAAAACAAAUUAGACUUUCAUAAAAAUAUACAAGACGCUUAUAAAAGUGUCCUUCAGAUAUAUAAAUACUCAGAUGAUAUAAUCAAAAAACAAGAGGAAUGUGAAAAAUUAAUGAAAGAAGGAAAAAAAAUUAAUUUUAAUAUUAAAUCAAUAAAUGAUUUAAAAUCUACGAUAGAAAAUAUUAAGAGUAAAGAAAGCACAAUUACAUCCCAAAUUAACGAUGCAUUUGCUAAACUGGAUCAAUUAAACAAAAUUUCGUGCAGUGAUGAAAAUUCUGUUAACAUUUUAGAAAAAUCUCAUGCUGAAGAAUUGAAGAAAAAAAGGGAUGCAUUUAAUCAAGAAAAAGUUGCCUAUGCAGGUGAAUCGAAACUGAAUGAAUGUAAGGGUCUUUUGGCAUCCCAACUAGAGUUGUUAAAUGAUUUAAAAAUAACGACAAACACAAUGAAAGCAGAUGAAACACUUCAAGAAAGUAUAGGAGACAGAAACUCAUCUAUUUUCCAAAUUUCAACCAUUUUUGAAGAUAUAGAAAAGAAAGUUACCGGCAUUAAUAAUUCCUUUUAUGAAUUGUUACUUAAAGGAAAAAUAUGUGAAACAUUUAAAUAUACAUCAAUAAAAGAUAGCCUUAACGCAAAAAUAAAUGCUUAUUCUACAUUUAUUAACAACAAAAAAGGUAAAGUUGCAGAAUAUCUGGCAUACAUUCAAAGUAAUUAUAACUCCAUUUUUCAAGAUAUUGAUGUAUUAAAUCAAAAUCUUGUUGAAAAGUCAACUACUACAUAUGCAAUAACGAAGAUGAAAGAGGCAAAUGCACUUUCCGCACAGUUAACGAAUACAUCCAAUGAAUAUGAUGCAAUCGUUAAUACUAUCAAAAAAGAAUAUAUAGACGCAAACGAAAAAACUGAAAUUGUUGAUUUAGAAAAUAGUGCAAAAAAAUUAAAAGAUUAUUUUGUGAAUAUAAACAACAAAAAAAAUGCCAUAAAUGAGCUUCAUAAUAAAAUUAAAUUAAUUAAAUUCCAAGAAAUGAGAACAACUUCUGACAAAUACCUAGAUAUUGCCAAACGAUUUACAUAUGUAGUAGAUGAUCAAAAAAAAAGAUUAUCAGAGAUUCACAAUAAACAAAUUACUCUAAAAAAUAACUUAAAAGAUAAAGAAGAAAAUUUAAUUCAGGUCGAUAACACAUUUACCCUUGAAUCUAUUAAAUCAUUUGAUGAAUUAUAUGACAAAAUUAAGUCUAAUAUUGAUGAAUUGAAUAUACUAGAACAAAAUAAUGUUAAUGAACUUAAAAAAUCUAAAAGUUAUGAGGAAAAUAUUUUAUACUUAUUAACUAGAAUGAGUAACUUGAAAGAAUAUGCCCAUAAAUAUGAAACAAAAGACAAAUUGAAAGAUGAAAAUAACGAAAUCAAAAGUGCGGUAGAUAACGAAAUGAGACAAAAUGAUGAAAUCCUAAAAAAUUUAGAGGAAGAGUUGAAAAAAUUAUUAAAGAGUAUUAAGGAAAAUGAAAAUUUAUGUACUACUAAUAACACAAAGGAUUUUGUUUCUCACAUUUUGAAAAAAAUAGAUAUUAUAAGAGAAAAUUUCACAAAAAAUCUUCCAGAAAAAGAAAAAGUUUUUCAAAUAGAAAGCAAAUACAACGAAAUUAAAUCUAUUUAUAAUGAGAUUUAUGCAGAUGCUAAUGUAAAAGAAUUUACUGAAAAUAUAACUAAGAAUGUUCAAAAUAAAUUUACGAGUGUCCGAGAUUCCAAAGAAGCCCAAAAAAUAAAAGAAGCAAUAGAUGAUAUUACAAAUAAUUAUACACAAAUAAAAAGUAAAUUAUCUUCAUUUAUUAAUGCUUUAGAUAAAAUUAAAAUAAAGAAAAAUGAUAUGAAUGCAUUAUUUGGUUCAUUAUCUAAAGAGCGUGUAAAUAACUAUAACACUUUGCAGUCAUUUAUAAAUGAUUCAGAUAGAAUGACCAAUCAAUUAGAGGAGCACAUUAGUGAAAUGUCAAAAAUAAUAAAAGAUACUGAAAAUAUAAUUAAAGAAUUAGAAGAAAAACAAGAUAAUAUAUUAAAUCCACGUGUUAUUAACAAACUAGUUGGUGGUCAAAAUAAAUUGUUAAGUGAUGCCCAACAACAAGGAAGUGAUAAAAUUAAUACAAAAGAACAGAAUUUAACACAAGAACAAGGACAUUCAAAUAAUGGUGGUAAUACUUUGUUUAGUGCAAAUAUUAUGAGUCAAGAUGGACAGGAAAAAACCCAAAAUAAAUAUCAUUACAAAAUAGGAGGGGAUAACCAAAAUAUUCGCUAUGCAGGAGCUAUUUUGGCUUUAUCUAUUUGUUAUGGUGUAUUUUACAUUUUAAAUAAUCGUGAUGAGAAGGAUAAAAAUGACACCGAUGUGUUCGAUGAUCAAUUUGAGGGGUGUGACGCUUUUAAUUUGGAUGAUAAGGAGGAAGUCAUCGAUGUUUGUUUUAAUGAUGCUUAUUAUAGUGAUUGA